GUGUGAGUCACGCGAUAAGUAAAGGAAGUAGGUAUGUGGCAAGCUGAAAUGAAAAACAAUUUUAUUUCAAAAGAAAGAUAAUGGAGGCUUGCGGACUAGGUAUUUUAUGUUGCUUAAGACGGUAUCAUCAACCCAGAACCCCACAGCCAAAAGAGGUCUCCCAAGUCCAGCUAGAUACCGGCCAAAUGGGUCAGUGAGCAAAUUACAACCUGAAUUAGUUUGUGUAUUUUUCACGCUUACUUAUUCAUCGCUUCAAUAAUUUCAUACAUGCAUGUCGGUGUUGGUGUUUACCUGUAUGAGAGAGACCGCUCUAUAUUUCAGGAAAUGAGGUCGUUAUUGUGAAAUCUGGGAAGAGGAUCUGCGGAUCAGGAGCUGCUUUGGCAAAUGCAGCUAUCGUUCAAAAUAAAUGCUACUUUGAAAUGAAGAUACAAUCGGGAGGUAAGCAUUAAUUGUAAAGAAUGAUAACAGGGUUUAAUUCCUAACUCUUUCUGUCGAGUUUGUACUGUAUAUGUAAGUAUUACAUUGACGAGAAAAAGUUUUAUGAGUGGUUCGUCACUGACUAUUUACACCGAAUCAAAAGAUUUGAGUAGAAAACCAAGAAACUGUCACUGAAUUCCACUUGGCAAGUACCCUUUCACUUAGUUACUAUCCACCUACCCGUCCCUUAAGCCAAUGCUAUUACACUAACUUCUCACUCAAGACAGAUUACUGGUUUGGGGGUGGGGUAGGUGGGCAGCUGCCAGAAUAUUAUACAGUUAAACCUCCAUCAAACGGCCACCCCCAGGGUACCAGCGAGUUGCCAUUUAAUGAAGGUUGGCCACCCAGUAGAGGUUUGUCAUAAAUUAGCGUAAUCUUUGGCAGGAACAUCACAUUAUUUAGCAACAAACACAAAAUGGAAAUGGCAUAACUGGAACACAGUCAUUCAUCACCUUCUAUCGCGGACUGUACAUGUUUUAAAAUAAAGCCAAACUAACUCUAUCAAGUGCUUGAUUGCCACUAAAUAGAGGUAACAGGACUACAGUGGAGAAUCUUCGUCAGGAUAGCUAAAAGGUGGCCAUGGCCUCAAGAUGGAGGUGGCCACUUAAUAGAGGUCUCAUUUACAAUGAUUUCAAUUUUCUGCAUUUUUUUUUCGAGACAUUGAUUACUGGCUGACUGAUUAGAUGACCCUUUAUUGGAGGUUCAACUGUAGAGAUGUGACUUGAUUUACUAUACUCAUCCACCCUCUCUGGCUGUUCACUUGACAGGUGCAUGGGGGGUAGGACUAGCAACAAAAAAAUGUGACUUGAACAAGAUACCUUUAGGGAACAAUUCUGAGAGCUGGGUUUUAAGAUCUGAUGGUACUGUCGCACACAAUGGAAUUGUGAGACACAGGCUCAGAGAAGUGCCAGAGGAAGGAGACAUGAUAGUAAGUGCCUACCGUAUUUAUUUGAUUAACCGCCCUGGGUGCUUGUUAAAUUUUUGGACCUUGAGAGUGGGCGCUUAUUCGAGCUGGGCGCUUAUUAAAUUUUCAACAAUUUCAUCAAGUGUAGUAUGUUUAUUUUGCAACAAAACAAUAAAUAGUAAAAACAAAACGCGAAGAUGUAACAAAGCAAGGUUUCUGUAAAAUACUCUGAAGAAAACUCCGUCUUCGGAGAAGUCUCUUAUUAGUACUUAUUCAAUUUUUGGGGGGUGUGAGGGGAAAGGGGGUGGGGUGGGGGUGGGCGCUUAUUCGAGGCUGGGCGCUUAUUAACUUUUUCUGCCUUUAGGAUGGGCGCUUAUUCGGGGUGGGCGCUAAUUCGAGGUUGGGCGGUUUUUUGCAUUAAUACGGUAGUACCAUCUUCCUAAUUGACUGUGACAGUUACAUUGUACAUGUACCGUUUUAGUGCAUUUGCCAUUAUGACAUUCAUACCAAAUUGUUGGAGAAUCUAAUAUACAGAAACAUUCCCAUUCAGAUGUAUGCAGGGAAUAUAUGUUGUGGUUCAAUUUUGUCCUUGCUUUAAAUAUUAUUUUCCUUUGGUUUUGGUUUGGUAAUAUAUACGAUGAGUUUGAAUCAAAGGAAAAUAAAAUUUGAACCAAGGAUAAAACUGAACCACGACAUAUUCUUGUCAAAUUUGGAUCCUCCCCCUUAAAAAUCGUCUUAGAAGGGUACAGAGGGGGAGCUUUGAGAUGAGUUUUAAUCAAAGGAAAAUAAAAUUUGAACCAAAGAUAAAACUGAACCACAACAUAUUCUUGUCAAAUCUGGAUCCUCCCCCUUAAAAAUCAUCUUAGAAGGGUACAGAUGGGGAGAUUAGAGACCAGGCCCGGAUCCACACCGGUUUCCACCGUUUUAUGGAAAUCGGUCAGAUUUUUCGUAAGAAACUUAUUUUUAAUAAUAAGAACUUUCCAAGUUGAAUUCUGGAAAAUGGUCUGGACAAAUGUUUUCUUUUUCCAGUUUCUGGGAAUUUGAUGCCCUUCUCCCCCCCCAAUGAAUCAGAAACCCGGGAAAGCGAACUUUAGGUAGCUAGUAUCCAAAAAAAUUCCCGGGGUUCCAUGUUCCCGGGCUCCCCUAGAAGCUUGCUCUCUCGGCCCCUUGUUUGGGAAAUCGGUCAGUAUUUAUCCUAGAUCCACGCCUGGAGACCACAUUAUAGUGUAUAUAUAUACUGUCACUAACAGCCUAACAUGAUUUCUGGCUAGAACCUAAGAUCUUCCUAGGGGUUUAUUUAAUUCCCACCCUUCUAAUUGAACUUACCUGACAACUAGAAAUCGUGGUGACAGCCUUGCUGAAAUGGUGAAUAAUGAUCUGAUGACAAUAGGAAUUCACUUCUACUAUGUUAAGAAAUAUGAUCAAACUCUUAUCUUUUUGUUUUCUUUCUAGGCUUGCACCUAUGACCAUGUUGAACUGAAUUUCUACCUCAAUGGAAAACACUUGCAUUGUCCUCUGACAGGAAUGAAGGGAACAGUUUACCCAGUUUUUUAUGGUUGGUAGAAUUCCAAUUUGAGGAUGAAUAAAUCUUUCAAUUUCUUGUAUUUCCUCAGGCCUACACCCCCACGUGAAAAGUAUGGGGAAAUGUAUGUCAGGGUCAUCCAGACCCUUCGAUAAGGGGGGGCCCAGUCUCCAAAACAAAUUUUUUUGGCCCUUCAGGCUUCAGUUUGGUCUAAAAAUAAGGUGGGAUAUCGGGGGGCGGGCCCCCCAGGCCCCUCCCCUGGAUCCGCCUCUGAUUGCCAGGAAAGGCCUAUAACGAACAGCCACUUAUGCCAUUCUGUGUGCAUCCAUUUUGUUGAUUUAAUAGUCCUAACACUGUAUGCCUGUCUCUUCCUCACGUAUGCUGAGUUAUACUCAAAAUAAUCAUCUGGGAUUUGUUGGUUUGUUUUACUGUGACAAUAGAUGGAUCAGGUGACCAUAACAUUGUGACUUAAUUGACCAAUCAGGACAAUAACCAGAGUUUAAUACCAUGAACUAAACUCACUUUGACUCUAAAGACGAUUACUGCGCCGGUUGUCUAAACAUCAGUCACUGACAUCAACAGCCAUAUUCAAGACUAGGUUCACCUGGAUGAUCGUGCUAAAGCUACUUAUGGAUUUGUUUUUGUUUCUUUCAGUUGAUGAUGGAUCAAUCAUUGAUGUUAAUUUCACAGAUUUUGUCUAUCAUGCUCCAGAAGGAUUUCAGAAGAUUAUGUUUGAGAAAAAUCUUUUAUGAUCAAUAUUGUGAAAAUUAGGAUUUUUUAAUAAUUAAUAUUAUAUAUUAAUAUUAUUAGUAAUGGUAACAGGACUGAGGGGAGUCCAAUUUGGUCUGUUAUCAUACAAGUGAUUAACAAAAUCGGACGAACGCGUACCUGGAGUCCGAUUUGUUUAGUCACGAGUAUGAUUACAGGCCGAAUUGAACGACACAAAGUUCUGUUACCAAUUAAUCAUUACUUUAACAACAUUUGUGAUACAUAGGCUAUUUUUUAAAUCAAAACACAAGAAAUUCAAAAUUUUGUUUUGCUAGCAGUGAAAAAAAAAGCCAUUUAAGCACGCGCAUGAUGGCGUGUACUGUCCAAUUACUUAGACAUGACAUGUACUGUCCUAUUAAACUGUCCAAUUAAGGCUGAAAUCAGGACAGUUGAUAGCCAAUCAGAUUUGACAAUUUUGUUAUAGUUAUGAUUAUAUAGUGAAAUCUCCUUAUUAUGAAUGUUCCCAUUAUUAGAGAGGUUAAGCAUCAUGCUUACGUCAAAUGGCAAAUGUGAAUUUGUACCAUGUGACCAAGUUUCCCCUUUACUUGUUGUUUACUCUUCAUUAUUUCUACAAUUUUUUCUAUUUUGAGAAAUUUUCAACUUAUAUCUGCCAUUUGCCAUUUGCCAUAUAUGUGAAGCUUAAUCUCUCUAUUAUUUUUUUACUCCUACAAACCAUGAUUUCCAACAACAGUGUAGGUGUUCAUACUAAAAGAUGAUUGAAUUAGUUUGUAAUACUUUGGGACCCAAAAAAGCCACUGUAUUGACUUAAUGAACCAGGAAACAUACAAAUUUAUUCCCUUUAGAUUAUUCAUAAUCAAUGAAUUUUUGCGGCACUAGAGCAGUAUAAUGUUGGAGAAGUAUAACUUAAGGGUGGAUCUAAUUGAUCUUAUUCUACAAUAGAUUAUCACUAAAAGAUUGUUGCAAAUCACUUUAUCACCAGUGAAAUGCAACAUUUGUACAAUAUUAAAUAAGAAAUAGUGGUGACCAGUGGUAGGCUCAAUCGACCAAUUUCAAUAUAUUAAAAUUAUACUUAGCUCCAAGGCUUGGGGGAAUAAAACAAAAGAAAUGUAGUAUUCAUUGAAUGUAGUAUUCAUUCAAGUACGAAUUUUAAUAUAUAGAAACUGGUGUAUUACCAUCCACUGUUCAAGAAAAUGAGCCUGCAUUCCUCCCCAUUUAAGAGUCUCUCUUUGGAAAAGAUCAAAGACCAGACUCGAAAUAAAGGUGGAAAUGGAGCCUUAGACAAUAAAUAACUAUAAUUUUUAAAAAAAUAAUCAUGUAACCUAUUGUUAAAUGGUAUUAUCAUGUGUUAUAAAUCCAUACUUAACUAGAAGAUUCUGUAUGAAAUCCUCUAGCCGUUUCUUAAAACAAAAAAUUGUAACAAUAUGAAACAGUGAUGAGGAAUAUUUUGGUUUCAAUAAAGACUAUGAUAUAGGUGACUCAGAAAGCAAAAUUUUGGAAAUCAAUUAAAUUAGCAAUAAUAAUAACAAAAAAAAUAAUGAUAAAGUUAAGGAGGAUAACACUCUUAAUACUGUAGCCUGGUUUAAGUGUUCUUCUUGAUUUCACAAAUUUCCCUCACUUGACUCUGGCGGGCUACCCUUCUUAGCAACAUGCAACCUCGUUCCUAGGGUUCUCUCCUACCUGCCGGGGUAGGGCGGGUAGGAGAAAACACUGGGAACGAGGUUGAAGAACAAGCUUAUACUUUACAUAAAUUAAUUGUUUAACCAAGGAAGGGUCAUCACUCACUAACAGUUUUUUCUUGUUCUUAGAAGUACGUAAGUUCUGCAAAUAAUAUUCAGCCCUACCAGAUUCUCCCAAUAAAGAAAUUUAAGUGUAUGAAAAGUGAACCUCAAGCUGUGAAAGAAUCCAUUGCCAGAGUCGUGUGAAUCUUACAAGCAUAAUCCAUCUUAUUUUGUUUUGAGAAAUUAGUAUCCAAAUAAACUGUCUUAAUGGAUCGCCAUUGAGAUUAACUGUUGGGUAAGCUGAAAAAGGAAACAUGAUGUUUGAAGAAUUUGAUCGUUUAUCAGGAACGAUGAUUGCAUUAGCAGUAGUCUUUUAUAGUAACAAAAAUGUUUUCGUCCCAUGGAGUAAAUAAAUGCCAGAGCCAUGCUGUAGACAAUUUUUUUUUUAAUUUAAGAUUUUUUUCAGCAUACUUAGUACAAAUAGAUAGUCCUAACAAAGGACACAAAUAUAAGAAAUGCUCUACUACUACUCUAUUCUGAGGUCGCAUAAAUGCCCAAAUACAAUCAAGGCUUUUAUUUUAGAAAUAAUGGAGAAAAACAUUUUGCUCAACGUUUCGAUAUCGCAACAAUAAUAAAAUACAAAAGUAUAAUACCAUCAACUGACAGAGUACCAUCAGAGUAUAAUACCAUCAACUGACGUGAUACAACUCACUUUGACUCUGAAGCCGACUACCGCACAGGAUGCCGAAACGUCAGUCACUGUCAACAACAACAGUCCUAUUCAGGACUACGUUCACCCGGACUCAAACUCAACCUACUUUUGAAAUGACUCCUGGGUUCAAACCUUUCUCAAAAUAAAAAAUAUUGCCAAUAUUAUUUUCUAACUUGAAAAUGUUGUCGGGGCGACAUCGAAACGUCACGUUCUAUUUUUAGCUUUACAAACAACGUAUCAGCAACUUAUUUAUAUUGACGUUUUUAUACCCGAUCUCAAAACGCCGGGAGAUAAUAUGUGACCCCAGGUGACUGUGAUACAGAGUGUGGACAAUCUGAAAUUUCCUUGUCUUGCCAGAACAGAUGUUUUAUCUUCACCUUUAGUAUGAGGGAUAUUUCCCAGCGCAAAAAAAUACUGUAUACUAGACUGAGGAAGUAAUGUACUUCAUUAGCAAAACAUAACCAAAGCGAAAAAUGUAUUACACGUCGACAAUACACUUUCACCGUGUAAAACACGUCAGGUACAUAUUGCAACAGAGAUGUAACGCCCCUGAGCCGGAGACGCCAACAGAAACCUUCUUGCUCUUCGCUAUCAUUUAACUUCAAACAUUGUCUUAGAUUUAUACUUUUUUGAUUCAUGUUUUUUAUAUUAUUAUCAUUUCAAUUUUAUUUUGUUUUAAAAGAUUAGUGACUAGAAUUUCUUUUUUGAGACACUGCUCAGCUUGACCCAGAUUUUAAAACUGCGAUUUAAACCUUUUUUAUAUUCCUACACAGCACAAAUCACAGAUAGCUAUGUCAGCUUAUACAGUCGACUCUCUCUUAACGGACACCUCUGUAAAACGGACACUUAGAAUUGGUCCCUGCCUUUCUUUACUCCCUUUAUUUGACUCUCUAUACGGCGGACACCUCUCUAAAACGGACACUUAGUGCCGGUACCAAAGGUGUCCGUCUUAGAGAGAGUUGACUGUAGCUAGCUAGAUUUUUGUUCAGCUAGAUUUUUUCUCAUCUACGCUUAAUACAUUCUUAAACACCACUGCAUUACCUAAGGUGAAUAUACUUGGUGGAAAACUACGUACAUACACAAUAUGCUGAGAGUGCUUCUAGGCAAAGCGUACUGCAUAGAUUUAAAAAGAGCGCUGGACAGAGUGAUUAGCUAGGGUUGCCACAAAGCCAUGCCGAUUGAUAUCAAAAUCGUUCGUCAGUGACUGGUCAUCGGUCUCAUAUACAGUUUACUGUUUAUCCAGUUUAUUUGUCUCUAUCCGUCCAUGUAGGGGGAAUUCUCAUACCACCAGCCAAUCAAAGCUCCAAAGAGAUGCCCCAAACCUGCUCCUAUUGCACCGCCCACCAAGCUCGCUAUCGGGGCAGCUGCUGGGCAUACCGCUGUGCCGAUGCAUGAUCCGACGAUUCCAAAGCCCAAACGACAAGCUGCCUUGGCAACAAUGUCAACGAACUUGACUUUAAACUCUUCGAUAGUCUUACAAUAGGUGUAUGCUUUGUAGAUCUCAUGACCUGCUAGGCCAGCUUCCAUGAGGAUUGCUAACCCAUAUCCCACAUAGAGGGCAUUUUCAUUGAUGAAAACGGCCAGCUCGUCGGAAACAUUAGCCUGGAGCUUGAUAAGUAGGGGUAGUACUUUCUCUUUGGUUAUAUUUCUACCAAAGUCAUACAGGCCUGUGAAAGCAGAAUAGGCGACUUCUCGUGCUGUAAGGUACCAUUGUUCUAUUUGAAGGCUUACUUUCAGCCCACACAUGCUCCAAGUUACAAAAUGCUCACAGUUGUUCUUUAGAAUGUCAUACCAGUUUUCACCCAAUCUGGUGAAAGCUCUCUUGAUCACUUCCUCCGCGGAAAAGCGUUUUAAUUGAGCUGGCCAGAUGAUCUUUUUGACCUGUAAGAGUAAGAAAAACAUUUAAUAAUACACACUAUAUGCCGGAAUUUCUAAGUCUUGAACUGCUGAGUGGAGUAUUCCAAUACUAUUCAAAAUCUCUACAGAAAUUCUAAUUUUAUCGUGACUCUUUCAAGACUACACGCUUGCUUUGUCUCCAAAACAUUAUGCAUUUUGAUUUGUUCUGCGACCAGUUCUGCGUAAAAAAAAAAAUAACGAUUUCAAGAAUUUUGUCAACGCAGAAGUAGCAUCAAACAUGAUAGAAAGUGAAAUUGAAAAUCCAAAUUUAAACAAAUUCAAGGGCAAUGGAGAUUGGAAAGUGUGAUUCCGAUCUUUUCAUGCUCGCCCUUUUUUGCCUCAGUAGUUUAAUACCUGAUUAUUUAUCAAUUCGAGUACACGAUUUGUGUUACAAUAUACUGAUAAAGUACGGUAAAAUUCCUAAAAUAAAACCCUCCGAUAAAACAAGCCCCCGGGGCUUGUACUCGGAAAUUGCCCUCAAAUUCAAAAUAAAACACAGAAAAAUUGACAGUGACACAAAAAUUUUAUUACGUGUGCCAAAUGAUUGCAGUCAAAAAGUGUCACAGUAUAUUGCUGUUUGCGUACCGUUAUUCGAUUAACCGCCCUGGGCACUUAUUAAAUUUUUGGACCUUGAGAGUGGGCGCUAAUUCGAGGUGGGCACUUAUUUGGGGCUGGGCGCUUAUUAAAUUUUCAACAUUUUCAGCAAGAGUAGUAUGUUUAUUUUGCACAAAACAAUAAAUGGUAAUAACAAAAUGCGAAGAGGUAACAAAGCAAGGUUCCUGUUAAAUACCUUGAAGAAAACUCCAUCUUUGGGAAGUCCCUUAUUAGUACUUAUUCAAUUUUUUGGGAGUGGGAUGGGGGUGGUCGCUUAUUUAAGUUUGAGUGGGGGGGGGGGGGGGGUGGGCGCUUAUUCGAGGCUGGGCACUUAUUAACUUUUCCUGCCUUUAGGAUGGGCGCUUAUUUGAGGUGGGAGCUAAUUCGAGGUUGGGCGCUUAUUCGAAUAAAUACGGUAGUUCACUCCUCAGACUUGGCUUGGAUUUCUUUGGUCCAUUUAGACGAAGUACUUAUAUGGCUGAGUUUUAGAAAGAUCUACGUGAGUUUCAGUAAAACCAAGAUAAAUGUCCCUCCAACUAUGAGCUAACCCAAUGGAUUUUGAGACGCAUAUAAGCCUAGCCGACUAUAAAACGCAAAUUUCCACCCGUAUAUUAGAUGAGGUUUUAUUUUCUUUCUCUAGUCUUCAGACGCGGGCCGGAGAUUGACACACGAACUCUGAACACGACCACAAAAAUGUAAAAUAAGAUCUCUAACUUCGCGACUGAAGUAGUAUUACGCGCGCGCCUAAGAUAUUUUUGUGUUAAAAGGUUUUAUCUCUACUGAGUACGUACCUGUUGUUCCACAAGUUUCUCAGAUGAAAACAUUUUUUCUUCUAUUUCGCCCUUGACUCCAACAUCUUUGAAAGACGUGCAUCUCGACGCUCUACUGAUACCCCAAGCAGGUCCACUGUAGUGUAUUACGAUAACGUGGUUAUCUCCGCUGAAGGUACACAGCAUAUGAUGAACAUAAUAUUUUCUUUCAAGAACGAGAUGGUCACCUGCUUGAAUGCCGUCUGAAUUUUCGACAAGGACUUUCUUAAAGUCUUCUCUGUAUCUCUCCAUAAAUUCUUGCUGCUUUGCCAUCGAGCCCUGUUCGUACUUUCGCCAUUUUUCACGAGAAGGGACUGAAAACGCAGGCGGCAUGUUGAAAGCGUCUACCUAGAUGUUUCCUUCUCGCCGAUAAUAUAUUUUUUUGAAAGCAAAGGUUAUUAGGCCAGGGUUUUUCCCCCGAAAUAAAAUUGAAUGUUUUGUAAUAGUAGCAUCUUGGGAAUUCCCCUACCUUGUGUAUUUAAUAGUCAUGCAAUUAACAACUAAAAAUACUAUUGGAUAUUGGAACCUAUCAGUGAAGCGUUGAGCGUUUACCUCUAAGUUUGCGAUCACGAAAGGAAUCGAUUCGUCGCAAAGCGAGUAAUUUAUCAGACUGAACAAAAAACGCGCCAUUUUCUAAGCAAGACAGUAGGAACAAUUCGGCAUAUUAAUAAGAUAAAACAUCCUCGGAGUAAUACAUGGAUAAAAGUAAAGCGAGAAACGUCGCCUAUAUAAAGGAUCAUAAGGCCUCCGCUAACAAACAGAGUUUUCUUAAUUGACAUGAAAGACUGACAUUACUAUUAAUUACUCAUCCUUUCUUGUUGCUUAGAAUUUUUUUGUUGCAAGAAGCCGGAAGGAUAAAAAAAAAACACCUCGCAUAUUGACUUAAAGAAAACUAAGAGCUGAUCAGGAAAGUUUAUUUUCUCAAUAUUAUUUUGAAAGGCUUAAUCGUCUUGACGUUAAUAUUACCUUGCCCAGCCGGUAUUGACAUCAGUAGUUCUACAAGGAAGAUUCUGAUUGCCUCAGCUCUAUCAAGUUAAAAUCAACAUCAAAGGGAGAAAAUUUAUAUGCUGCCCAAGCCGCCAUGCAAAUCGUCUUCUACACCGUAUGCAGAUUGGUGUUUCUCGAGGGGAGGUUUUGGGCCGGUCGAUUAUGUUGUAUUUUUAGAAUCUCCGUUGACGAUAGCACUCGCUAAAAUCGAUAACAUUCGAUAGGGAAGGCGGAUCGAGAAAGGUUGCGCUAAAACCGCUAAGGGGCUUCUCUCUUCCCGCCUUACAGUGAAUUGACUGAGAGCCUGGCAGAGGCUAUUCUAGAACUAAAUCUAAGUUAGACUUGAGCCCAGUUUUGCGUAGAAAACAACUUGAAUCUGUAUCCUGAAAAUGAUUUCAGUUGCCUUAUGGAUGAGUGCUAAAAUUUAAAAAUACAGGAAACUCCCGCCCCUCCCAUUUUUUUUAGCCUGUACACAGACGCUGUAUUAUUUUUAUUUUCCUUCUUUUUCGUUCUCUUUCUUUUCCCCCUUGCGCUGGCAGUCAAUGAAUCCCCCGCGGUUUUUAUUUUUUAUCUCGCGCGCUCGACUGACUUUGAAGAAAAUAGAGGGUCUGUGAACAGGCUAUUAACAGUCUAGUCUUUUGUCUCCUGGGUUAAAACCCACAGCGAGAGGUCGAAACAUUGCACUCUAUGUUAGUAAUCAAAAGUGGAAGAUCAUUUCAUUCCGUGCAGGUGUUAAGAUGCAAACAAAUUUUUAAAAUUGUCGACUUGCACAAAAGAAGCUUCAUUUGUGAGCACGAAAGUGAUUUUAAUCAAACUUUUCACAUACAGGAUUCUUUUUUACAUCAUUUCCAUUAUAAAUUAUGAAAAGUAUUACAAUUAAUAAAAUUUUCAAAUUAAUCACCAGUCAAACAGGCAUCCAAUAAUCUUGCUUCUUCUCCUGCGAAUUCUCGUUUUGUCGGGAUAGUUGAAAAAGAAUCCACAAAGAAACUUGCCCAACGAAUGAAGAAGUUUCUUUCACCCCAGCAAUUUAAGCUCAGCAAGGCAGAUUUGGCUCCUCAGAAAGAAAUUUCCGAGUCCCCUGAAGACGAAACACAGAGCGACGUGGAGAAGCUCCAGGUACCCAUCAGCGACCAUUCUGUCGGACGCGCUACAGAUGAACUCGGUGAACCAGCCAAACGACUGGAGAAGAAGUUUUCCUCUCUAGAAUCAAAGCUUAGUUUGUCGAACCUUUUCUCUAACAAAAAGUCAGUUUUCAACAAGGCAGUUGACCCAGGCGAGUCAGACUCCAAACAACCGAACGACCAGUAGUCCAUCGUCGGCUCCUCGGGGAAAGUCGGAAAAACGUCUUUGUCGACAAACAGCGACGAGGGCUAGGAAAGUGCUAUAACUAACAGACACUUAUGCCAUUCUGUGUGCAUCCAUUUGUAUACCUGCCAACUCUCACGCCUUAGGCGUGAGUCUCAUGCCUGCUGGUUGAAAACUUCGAUCUCACGCUCGCUCACGCCUGCGGACCAAUUUCUCACGCCUGAUUGAAAAAUGUGAGUUGUUGCAAUUGCCGUCUUGCUUGACACAAUUUCCAAAAAUAUGUUAACUCAGACCCAUGUAAGGAACGAAAACCAUGUGUAAAAUGAAUAAAUGACAAUACCUUCCUCGCGAUCUCUGAUUUUGUGGAUAAGCGUUUUCUCGAUAACCUCGCCUUCGCCAGACUUCGGACGUCUUCGGGAAUCUUCGGAAAUGAUCGUGUCGUUUUCAAAAAUCCCAGCACUCCCAGGAUAAAAAUCUCACGCCUGCAUCUCAGAAAAAGUUGGCAGGUAUACAUUUGUCGAUUUAAUAGUCCUAACACUGUAUGUCUGUCUCUUCCUCACGUAUGCUGAGUUAUAAUACUCAAAAUAAUCAUCUGGGAUUUGUUUUAGUGAAAGGUUUGUUUUACUGUGACAAUGGAUGGAUCGAAACGCAUCAAUGACAUGUUGAGUCUUCAUAGCCAAUAACAUCAUGGCUUAACCGACAGAUGACCAAUAAAAUUGUGACUUAAUUGACCAAUCAGUUUAAUAAUCAGAGUUUAAUACCAUCAACUAACGUGAUACAACUCACUUUGACUAGGAAGAUGAUUACUGCACAGGUUGUCUAAAUGUCAGUCACCAACAUCAACAGUCUUAUUCAAGACUUAAGAUCAUACCAAAGCUACUUAUGGAUUUGUUUUUGUUUCUUUCAGUUGAUGAUGGAUCAAUCAUUGAUGUUAAUUUCACAGAUUUUGUCUAUCAUGCUCCAGAAGGAUUUCAGAAGAUUAUGUUUGAGAAAAAUCUUUUAUGAUCAAUAUUGUGAAAAAUAGGAUUUUUUAAUAAUUAAUAUUAUAUAUUAAUAUUAUUGUAUUGUGAAACCUCAUUAUUAUGAAUGUUCCCAUAAUUAGAGGGGUUAAGCAUCACGCUUACGCCAAAUGGCAAAAGCAAAUUUGUACCAUCUGACCAAGUUUCCCCUUUACUUGUUUUUUACUGUUUAUUAUUUCAACGCAUAAAUUAGUAGUUUCAUGCAAUUUUUUAUCCAUAAGAAUUGUUUUGAGCUGUUUUUAUCUGCUCAUUUUCUAUUUUGAGAAUUUCAGCUUGAAUCUGCCAUUUGCCGUUUGCCGUAUACAUGAAGCUUAAUCUCUCUAUUAUUUUCUUACUCCUACAAACCAUGAUUUCCAACAACAGUGUAGGUGUUCAUACUAAAAGAUGUUAAAUCUAUAAAUGAUUGAAUUAGUUUGUAAUACUUUGGGACCCCAAAUAGCCACUGUAUUGACUUAAUAAACCAGGAGACAUACAAAUUUAUUCCCUUUAGAUUAUUCAUUUGAAUUUUUGCGGUAGUAGAGCAGUAUAAUGUUAGAGAAUGUGUAACUUAAGGGUGGAUCUAAUUGAUCUUAUUCUACAAUAGAUUAUCACUGAAAGAUUGUUACAAAUCACUUUGUCACCAGUGAAAUGCAACAUUUGUACAUAAAUAAGAAAUAGUGGUGACCAAUGGUAGGCUCAACCGACCAAUUUCAAUAUAUUAAAAUUAUACUUAGCUCCAAGGCUUGGGGGAAUAAAACAAAAGAAAUGUAGUAUUCAUUCAAGUACGAAUUUUAAUAUAUAGAAACUGGUCUCUUACCAGCCACUGUUCGAGAAAAUGAGCCUACAUUCCUCCCCAUUUAAGAGUCUCUCUUUGGAAAAGAUCAAAGACCAGACUCGAAAUAAAGGUGGAAAGAGAUCCUUAAACAAUAAAUAACUAUAAUUUGUAAAAAAUAAUCAUAUAACCUAUUGUUAAAUGGUAUUAUCAUGUGUUAUAAAUCCAUACUUAACUAGAAGAUUCUGUAUGAAAUCCUCUAGCCGUUUCUUAAAACAAAAAAUUUUAACAAUAUGAAACAGUGAUGAGGAAUAUUUUGGUUUCAAUAAAUACUACGAUAUAGGUGAC